AUGGAUGCUGUUCCCGGACGAAAGGCACAAAUGGCAUAUGGAUCGGUGACAGACCUCACCUACUGCCAGCCAUGCGCGGAGGACGGCAAGAAAAUCCUCCCUGAGGCCUUCUGUCCCGUCUGCAAGGAGUUCCUGUGUUCCACCUGCGCCCGAGUACACCGGAAUCAGAAAAUAACCAAAAGCCACGCCCUCGAAAAAAACAUUAUGCCUCCCUCAUUUCGCGAAGAGAGUGAAGAUGAAAAGUUUAUAGAAACUUGUCAGCUUCAUGCUAAAGAGUUUAUCAAAUAUUACUGUCCAAGUCAUGAUGCACUUUUGUGUGGAGACUGUUUAGUUGAGAAUGAAGAACAUCGCUCUUGCAAAGUAGAGAAAAUCAUGCAAGUGGCAAAACAAUACCAGCAGGGUGCAGAAUACAACCGCCUGAAAACAGGACUUGUCCAGACGGCCAGUAACAUUGGCAAACUUUUACACGACAUACAAGCGAUCAUGAAAUCAGUUGACGAAGAAAGCCUAACCAAUAUCAAUGAGCUUCGCAAAUUCAGGAAUGAAAUCAACCAGUACCUGGAUCAAAGGGAGAACGAACUGUUGGCAGAAAUUGAUCAGAAGAAACGAACAUCCAAGAGACUGCUGAAUGAACUGAAAUUAAAAUGCACAAACAUGAACUCAUCCAUUGAGCAACUAAAGUCGGAGCUACAAGCACAGGACGGCAAUGGCAACCAGCUAUUAAUAUUAGGAAAACGAGCUAUAAAAUGGCUUGCGCGUCUCCAGACAGCCCUGGAAGAGAUGCGUAGGAAGAGUGAAGUUCCCCGAUACAAGUUUCACCGGGACCCCGCAAUUGAGCAGUUAAUAGCUUCUAAAAAGACAAUAGGAUGGUUUCAAGAGGGCGAAUCAACGUCGGCGUUAUAUCAGCAACAACGACAACAGAGGACUUUGCCACAACAACUCCAUCAACACUUUAUAGCCUUAUCAUUUAAAGGUGUAUCUGCUUCGGCGGUAGGGCAGCAAGAACGACAACUACUGAAGGAGCAGCUACCACGGCAACACGAAACGAUGCAGCAACAACAAGGCAGUGCAGACCUAAGCCAGUCCAAGUUCAGCACACAGCCUGACAUUUCAGUGAAGACAAAAGGUGAUACCAGUGACUGCUUCCUGACCAGUGCGGCCCUACUACCUGGGAACAGGCUUCUACUGGUAGAUUGCGCUAACUACUCAUUGAAACUGGUGGAUACCGUGAAUAACAAGCUGGUAUCCAAGGUGAAACUGACUGAUGAGCCAUGGGACCUGUGUCUCCUGCCCGGGGACAGGGCAGCCGUCACUCUGCGUGGGAAGAAGAAGAUACAGUUCGUAUCUACUCAGGGAAAUGUCACACUACAGGAUGUUGUUAAAAUAGAUGGACAAUGUUUUGGAAUAGAUUUCUGUGAUGGCAACUUGAUAGUGUCCUUCCCAUGGGAGAUUGUGUUGAUGGACAUGAAGGGAAAUGUGAAGAAGAGUGUGGGCACAGACAGCAGUGGAAAACCUUUGUUUAUGUUUCCUGAGUAUCUGACAGUGACUAGAAAGGGCCACACUCCUCCGGCCAUCUAUGUUUCAGACCGGGGAACCAACACCAUAACCAAGCUGAGCAUCUCACUAGAGGUGCUAGAGACGUACACCGAUUCGAUACUAAAAUCACCACGUGGUCUGGCAGCCGUGGGGGACAACCAGCUGCUCGUGUGUUACAGUAACAACAUCCUGUUACUGGACACGCUCACAGGCAAGAUAACCCAACUGCUUGGGGAGGAAGAGGGGAUACAGUGGCCAAAUAGUGUGGCUUACUGCCCAAAGCAAAAGAUGGUGUUUGUUGCAUGUUGCUCUGGGUUGAAUAACUCCGUGAAAGUCUUCAAAAAUGAGUAA